UGUAUAGCUGAAAUACGGAGCACCUUCUGUCAGGUGUAAAAUUGGUUCUGUUAUUAAAUUUAAGAAAUUUUCGUAAACUCUUAAACAAAAUUAAAAUUUGUGUUAACAUGAGUGUAAAAAUUGUUGAAAUAGUUCCUAAAUCUACCGAUAGCUGCACUUCGUCAGUCUGUCGGUUGUGUUUGAGUGAAGAAUCGCAUGAGGAUAUCUUCGAGCAGGAAGAUCUUGUCAUACUAAUUGCGGAUUUCCUCUCCAUUGUGAUAUCUGAGGAUGACACAUUUAGUCGUUCCAUCUGCACCAGGUGUCGGGCACGACUAAUCGAGUUCCGGGACUUCAAAUGGCGUUGCCUCGAAGUGCAGGAACUGCUUCAGGGAGAACUGUUCGCGGUUGUUGAUGAAGAAGUGCCUUUGUUGGAACAGGAGUACGAGGAUGUGCAAAUCCCUACAGAGGAAGAGGAUUUCGAUACAGUUGAAGUGGUAGAUGUAGUGGAUACAGCGGAACCAUUCGAUAACGAAACGAAAGAUGUUGAGCCUGAACAUAAGUUUGAAUCUAUGGAAAAUCGGCCAAAAAGGAAAAAGAAGCAACAUCAGCUCAAAAGGAUCGAAUAUACAAAAUCCGGAAAGAAACGUUACGUUUACGAUCUCACCGAAGUCUACCGAAAUCAGUUGGAAGAAUGCUCGACUUGUGGCAAAAUGAUCUCGAAAGUUCGCAUGGAAGGCCACCAAAAUAUGCAUCAAGGCAUUCGACCGUUCAAAUGUGAGCGGGGUUGCGAUGAUCGGGAUUUUCACUGUCAGCAGCUUCGGUUGCACCACUACCGGAACGUCCACGAUGGGGAACGGCACGAGUGUGACGUUUGCCUCAAAGUGUAUCGAUCCCGUCGAAGUCUAAACUACCACAAGAAGGACGUCCACUCGGUGAAGCCGUUCCAAUGCCCGAAAUGUUCUCAGGCAUUUUCCUCAAAUGCUCGCUUGAGACAACAUUUGAAAUAUCACAAUCGUGAGAAGAAUCAUCCCUGCUCGCAGUGUACCUAUUCGUUCUAUUCGAAAAAUGACUUGAAGAAGCACCUGAAAAGGCAUGAACAGUAGGACGAAGAACGUGGGGGUAGUCAGACAACCCGUGCCGAAAUUUAUUCUCAUGAUAUUAUAAUGAAACUGAAAUACAGUAAUUUAUUUUAAAAAUAGUUCUCACAAUUUGUACACAAUUAAGGUGAAAAUAAACCGACAUCACAUCUCAAA